AAUGGGCGGAGCUGGUAUCUGUUUCCGAAACAUGGAGGCGGUUGUGAGCGAUGUGGUAGCUCCAGAAGACCUUUUGAAAUUUGAGAAGAAGUACAACAAUGAGCUGGUGAAGGGAGCCGUCACCAAAGAAACAAAGUUUGAGUAUGCUUGGUGUCUGAUCAGGAGUAAAUACACAGAGGAUAUCAAGAAGGGGAUUGUGCUCUUGGAAGAACUUGUUCAGACGGCAUCAAAAGACGACUCCCGGGACUUCCUGUUCUACCUCGCAGUGGCCAACUACAGACUCAAAGAAUAUGAGAAAGCCCUGAAGUACAUUCGAACUCUUCUCAAGAACGAGCCGGGGAACAAGCAGGCUCAGGAGCUGGAGAAACUCAUCGUCAAGGCUUUGAAGAAAGAUGGCUUGGUGGGCAUGGCCAUCGUCGGGGGAAUCGGGCUGGGCGUGGCCGGUUUGGCGGGCCUCAUCGGCUUGGCUGUGUCAAAGGGAGCUGCUAAAUCCUAACCUGGACAUGGGGCGAGAUGUCUUCACUGCUGGGCUGCCUCACCGACUCUUCACCUGCAUAAAUACAAAAAUAAAGUGUGUGGAGAGAGCUUGAUGGCUGUAACAUUUUGAAGUAGAGUAUGCGCCAUAACAUAUAUUAAAGGGUUUGAAUAAUUCCAGUGAAUAACCAUUUUUUAACAGGGUUGAGAUUCACCAUACAUAUGACAUUACUAAGCUGUCUCUUCACCCACCAUAGCAUUGCACUUUCUCACUAUUUGUGUAAAUAAAUUAGGAUAGUCAAAUGCAGCUGAGUUUUAUGUGUUCUUUCUAUUUAGUUUGCAGCCUGAACGUCCCACGUUUAAAGAAUAUCUUUCUGAAAGUGCAGUUGUGGUUCUGUAACUGUCUGUUUAAUUAUUUUUUGACAAAUAAUUGGUAAAGAAAGUGUUGUUGGUGGAAGUGUAGCUUGUGAAACCAAAAGCAACAGCAACGAUUUGUUUGCUGCAGAGGUAGCGUGCCAUGAUGCUGGUAGAAGAGUGUAAAUGGAGCUGCUGCUGCUGAAGGCAACGAGAGGUUUGCAUUUAUUCUUGACAUGAUGAUUCUCCUUUUUUCUUUUUUUUUUUUUUUUUUUGUUCUGAAUACUACUUCAAGGGAGGCAACACACUUAAUAGAAAUUCAUGUUUUGCCAUUUAAAUUGCAUUUACCUGUCUUACAUUUAAUGCAUUGUGUUUGACAUCUUGUUAAAUAAAAAGAUUUUGAACUGAGAGAA